UGCGGGGAAGGGUCAGGCGCGCAUUGCCUUCGACCGCUAUAAUUGCAGCUGUAGCCUCCGCUUUCGACGGUGACAAUCGACUAACAUGAGCGCACGACUUAGCCAGGUCUCGGGGCACUUGACGAACUCGUAUGGGAGGGGGCUGCUCGCGGGCGAGGUGGCGAUUGUUACCGGUGCCGCGCAGGGCAUUGGCCGGAGUGUAGCCCUCCUCUUCGCCAAGGAGGGCGCGAAAGUCGUCGUCUCAGAUCUCGAUGAGAAGAAAGCACAGCUAGUGGUUGACGAGAUCAAGAAGGCUGGAGGGGACGCCCUCGCAGUCGGCGGUGAUGUCGGAGCGGAUGACUUUCCCAAGAAGAUUCUUGAUGCCACAAUCAAAAAGUAUGGCAAGGUAAACCACAUUGUCAACAACGCUGGCUUCACCUUCGACCGCAUGUUACAUACUACUCCCGACGAUGCCUGGGACAUCAUCAUGAAGAUCCACGUCCGCGCGCCCUUCCGCCUCAUCCGCGAGGCCGCUCCCUACAUGCGAGUGAAGGACCAGAAGAAUCGCGAGAAUCGCUCGAUUAUCAACGUCUCCUCCAUCGCGGGCCUGCACGGCAACGUCGGUCAAGCGAACUACUCCUCCGCUAAGGCCGCCGUCACCGGCCUCACGAAGACGAUCGCGAAGGAGUGGGGCGGGUUCGGCGUCCGCGCUAACACCGUUGCAUUCGGGUACAUCAAAACGAGGUUGACUCAGGCGAAAGAGCAGGGCGCCGCGAUCGAGAUUGAAGGAAAGAAGGUUGCUUUGGGUAUCCCGGGAAUGAAGGAGCCUGCGCCCGACGCCAACUACCCGAACAUCCCGCUGAACCGCCCCGGAGAGCCUGAUGAAGCUGCUGCCGCGGUUCUUUUCCUUGCAUCGCCACUGGCGUCUUAUGUUAGCGGGCAUACGCUUGAGGUUACCGGCGGGCAGGGCAUCUAAGGGCAUUCUGGAUGUCAAGUCGUCGCUCUCACUGUCAUCGUUUUCUUGUACAUUGCAUAUGAUAACUAAAACUAGUUGCGAGGGUUUGCCUAUACCGACAAGAAAAUAAAGACCUGACACGGGGUUCACUCCGCAAGCGCAUCAUGAGCCCUGGCUGCAUUGCCAGGCAUGGUUGCC